GAGCACGUCUCGAGUCUGUCAUUUACCCCUCCCCAAUGCGUUUACUUCUCGCUCGGGUUCCGCCGAGAUGCGCGAGGUGCCCAUCGCUCGCUCGCCCACCGUCAUUCCAGCACUCCAUCCUUAGGUUGCAGUCCUCUAAAGCUACCGCAUCGGAUGAACAGAAAUCUCAGGCGACUGCUCAGCGCCCUGCAACCCGUGCUUUGUUUGCCAUCGAGCAUAUUCACGGCCGAGCACGGCAUCUGUCAUGGUCGGGGAGCGGAGGAAUAGAGAAAGAGUGGAGGGAGCUCGGAGGCAGGAACGACGAUACGAAGGCCGUCACAGCAUCUAGCAGGUUUUCGCCACUGGGCCGUCUCACUGCAUGGCUGAGACAGAUGUUCUUGCCGACGAACUACCCACAGUCGGUCCACCCGUCAUAUUUGAAGUUCCAUUUGUUGCAGUUCAUGGAAUGUAUUGUAGGCACCGUUGUCGGCGUGCUCUGCAACCAGGCUCUGCUUGUGUCUGUUGGGGUCAGCGCAGAGGGCAGCAUACUCGGCGCUGUAGCCGUUCAGUGGGUCAUAAAGGACGGCGCGGGGGAGGUAGCGAAGCUAUGGGUCAUUCGGAGGUUCUCUCCAUACUUCGACAGCCAUCCCAAAACGUUCACGUUCACUGGAGCGACUAUGGGUCUGCUAGGCUCUGGUCUACAAAUCGCAGCUCUAGUUGUACCACCUACGACACUCAAUUUCCUUCUUUGUGCAGCUGGUGGUAAUAUCUUCAAAUGCGUCGGAGGAGCAGUAUGGCUGACGACCCAUAUCAAGUUCGUUCGCUUCUUCGCGCGACAAGGCAACAUGGGAGAUGUUGCCGCCAAGUCAGAGUCUCAAGGGUCUGUUGGCAUCCUUUCUGGGUAUGCCGCAGGCGUCGGACUGUUGACUGUCUCGCACUCCGCGCCUUACCUCUACACUAUUUUUGCCCUCGCCAUCCCGAUACACCUCUUGAUAACUCAGUGGAUGCUCCGCGCCGCGACCUUCGAGCUGCUAACGCUCCCACGUCUCAGUUUUCUUGCGAGAGAGUUCGCUUCUCGUGCGAGUCGGCCAGAAGCUGAACGUGAGUUGCCCACCUUGGGCGAGCUGGAGCGGCAAAGAGCUAUUGGUGUGUUCGGCGAGUACUUCAAGACGAAGGAGGACCAGUACGUGCAGAUCGCCCCAGAUCUCGAUGCGGUCGUCAGCCCAACAGACCUUGGUGCGCGUACACGAUGGGACGCAUGUGUGGAAGCAUUCAAUGAUCAACCGUACCUCCUUUAUCCUUACCUGAUGCAACAAUCGGAGUGCAAGAUUGCUGUGCUCCUCCAUCCCUCAGCAACAGUCGACGAUCGAAUACAAUCCGUCUUGCAUGCCGCAUUUUUACAACGUCAUCUUCACAACGUCAUGCAGAUCGACCCCGCGGAAUCGACGCCCCAGGAACUCCUCGACAACGACAAAGUUCUGAAGGCCGCCCUCGAUGAUGCAAAGCGCUUGGUGGCGCUGUACUUGCGCGAGUUCAAGACGCAACUAGUCGAGAAGGAAUGGCGCACGGACGAGAUUGCCGUCCCUGAGCUAGGACGCCGUGUCCUGUGGGGAACUGCCGCAAUACAAAAACCAAAGCGAGUAGAAAAAUCAUAGAACCCAGGUUGUGAAUCUAGACGACAUGGACAUUAAUAUUCCC